AUGCGGGCCUCAUUAUCUGCUUCAAUCUACCUCAGCCUCCUCAUUCCUGCCGUUCCCACCCUUUGCAACCCUCUAACUUCAGGAACCUCGAACGUUGAUUCCAUCCGCCAUGAUGACGUUCAAAUCCAACCAUUGAAAUUGGUCAACACCGCCCAUCCGCUGGCAGUACGCGCCCCCGACGACACUUCGCUCUGUAAAAGUGACGAGAAGAUAUGCGCCUUCUGGUGUAUUCCAAAGGACCAGCACUGCGGCUGGAACGACCGCCCCCAUCCUUGGCCCAGGAGCAUUCACAGCCCUGAGUCUUCGGAUGCUCUGGCGGUGCGCUCGCCAGACAUUGGAUGUGCUGAGGACAACAAACGAUGUGGUCUACUGUGUAUUCCAAAGGAUGAGAAAUGUGACCCUAACUAUGGGUGCUCCGAUGACAACAAGCGAUGCGGCUGGAUGUGCAUUGACAAGAAUGAGGAGUGCAACGAGGAGACUGGCGGCUGGGAUUGGUGGCGAAGGAGCCUUGAGGACGAUUCUCAUGCCCUAGCAGUGCGCUCACCAGACAUCGGAUGCGCCGAGGAUAACAAGCGAUGCGGUAUACUGUGUAUUCCGAAAGAUGAGAAAUGCAACCCCAACUACGGGUGCUCUGAUGACAACAAGCGGUGCGGCCUAAUGUGUAUUGACAAGAACGAGGAGUGCAAUAAGGAGACUGGCGGCUGGGAUUGGUGGCGUCGAAGCCUUGAGUCCACUCCCCAUUCUCUCGCAGUGCGCUCACCCGAUGGCCUGUGGUGCGCCGAUGACAACAAGAGGUGCGGUUGGAUGUGCAUCUCCAAGGAUGAGCAAUGUUGUGGCAACCAAGGCAGCUGCAGUGCCAACGAAGAAUGCCACAAGAACGAUAACGGAGAAUAUGGCUGCUGUGCCAAAGGUGAUACUUGCACCAACACUAAUGGCACCUGGCUCCAUGGAGUCAGAGAAGUUGGCAAUGAUAUCAAAGAUGGUGUGAAGAGUGUUGUGGGUGGUGGAGCUGCUGAUUUGCGGCCUGGGAUGGCUCCUGUCUGGAUGUUGACCUCUGUGUUUGUUGUCGCGCUGUUGCUUUAG